AACAGACAUUUCCCCCUUUACCUUCCACCUCUUAAAAUCAACCACCACACACACACGCACACACAUAUCAAUGGCGGAUCUUUCCCUCCUUGAAGACGACGACUAUACCGACGAUCAUCACGACAUCCUAUUAACAAUUCCCACCCUCUACAAUCUUGAAGACGACGAAUUCGACCCAGAUCACGAUCUUGGAUUCAUUUCCGCCCAUGAUUUCUUUUCAAGACGCAAUCUUGAUCGAAACCCACAUCCCAUUUCAUCAAUCCAUCGAAACCCUCUUCCAAUUGAUCGCCAAAAUCAGGUUAAUUUUGUAAUCGAUAUGUUUCAUCAGCGUGUUGAGCAAUCCCAAUUUAAUUCUGUUCUUAUUCAAGAUAAUGAUAAUCGUAAUCAUAAUCAUAAUCAUAAUAAUAGAUUGAUUAGGUCAUCUAAUGUUGACUUUGGGGUUGGUGAUGAUGAUAAUGAUGUAAAUUGGAAUGAAUUUGAUGUGGGUUUUGAUUCUGGGUUAGGGUUAGGGUUUCUUGAUUUUGAUUGUGAAAACCCUAAUUGUGAAAACCGUGUUUGUGAUCAUGAUGAUGGUGAUGGUGUUAAUGGUGGUAGUGUUUAUGGGUUUGCUGAGGAUGAUGAUGAUGAUGACGAUAAUUGGGGUGCUCGUGUUGCUCCGGGGUCUCCGGAAAUCGUGUUUGGGGGAUUGGGGGUGCAUCUACGAGUCGAGGAUGAUUCGGCUGUUGAUGAUGUAGCAAGUCUUCACCUUUGUUGGGAUUCUUUGCAUUUAGAAGAUGAUGAUGAUGAUGAUGAUGAUGAUAAUGUAGUUGGGAAUGGAAAUGGCAACGGGAACAGGAAUGCGGAUUUUGAGUGGGAGGAAGUGGACGAUCGAGUUGAUGAAAGGGAAGGUUUGAGUGGGUUUUUCGAUCCAGAACAUUAUGAUGACGCCUCUGUUAUACAAGUUGAGCCUUUAGAGGGUUCUGGGGUUGUAGGAUCAGGUGAAGAUCAUGACCAUGAAGGUGGUUCACAAUGGCAAGUUUUGUCAAGCAUUCAGAAUUUUGGACCAAGCCCGGAUUUUGAAGAAGAAGAAGAUCAGUAUGAUGAAGAUAACUAUGCAGAGUAUGAGAUGUUUUUUGGGCAGUUUGGAGAGAAUGAUUUGUCGUCUUUGGGUCGACCACCUGCUUCCAAAAGUGCAGUUGAGAAUCUUUCGAUUGUAGUUAUGAAUCAAGAAGAUGUUGAAAAGAAUAACAAUGUUUGUGCUGUUUGUAAGGAUGAAAUGAAUGCUGGGGAAAAGGCAACACAGCUUCCGUGUAGUCAUCGUUACCAUGGAGAUUGCAUAGUGCCAUGGUUGGGUAUCAGGAACACUUGCCCUGUGUGUCGUCAUGAGCUGCCAACCGAUGAUCUUGAGUAUGAACGCAGAAAGACUGGAAGGGUUGCCCGUGCAUAAUGAAAAGGUAAAAAGGUCAGAUAUGAUUUUUGAAGCUUUAGUACAAGUAUGUGAGAUAUAGAUACAGUUUGAGUCAUGUAGGAUAACAAUCUUGAUGGUUUUGUAAUUUUUUUCUGUUGUUGGAAAUAAUAUGAUUGCUGAUUGCUAAGCUUGUUCGAUAUAA